AUGGGUAGAUGGCUGAAGGGAGGUAAGCUGGAGAUGAGCUACAGGUAUGGAAAGGAAAUGUUAGGACAGAUGAAAGUGGUUCCAGGAAAGCGAUUCUUUAUUUAUUUCAGUGAAAAAUGGGCUGAUGCGCUCGUCCGCGACAGAGUAUCGGGCACCUCCGAUGCCCGCGAAUGGCCGAUCCCCACUUCCGAUCUUAUCGCAAACGUUGAGCGGCAAAUUGAUGGAGUAGACAUCUGUUGGAUGAGCAAAAUUCUCCCCCAGAUUUCGGGUUUCGAGCCGCCAGAGCUUAUUGCACGACUAGUCUCGACUGGGACUUCCAUUCCCGAAUCCGAAAUUCCGGCGUCCGAUCUUGCUCCCUUAUGA